AUUUUUUGUAAAUCAAUUUUGAAAGCAGAAAGAAAGCUCAGUGGAAAGUUUUGAUUUCUAUAGGUGCUAGGUGAAGAAGAAAUAAUAAUUGUGUAUAAUAGUUUUGUAUUGUGUAUUGUUUGCAUUUGAAGCAUGCAUAACUAUUUAUCCCAAGAAAAAAACCCACCACAGGAUGAUAAUAACCCACUUGCAUUGGAAUCCGUCAAUAAAUAUGUAUAUGUUAAACAUAAUUUUGUCCCUACAUUACAAGAGCAGGGAUACACUGGGUCAAAGGUUCUAGUAAAUCCUCUUUUUAACAAAAAAAUAUUCGUCAAUCCAAAUUAUCAUGUCCCUUCCACAUCUUUGCCUACCAAGAUUCAUAUCAAUCCAAGAAUAAAAACUGCAGAUCUAGCAGAGAACAUAACUAAGAACAACAUACACAUCAAUCCUAAAGUAUUGAGAAAUAUACCAAUAAUGGAGAGUAAUUUUUCAAAAAACUCUCUGCUAAAUCACCGUAUUGAGCAAUCUCCAAAGACUGUAGUUACAAUACCACAAAGAGUGAGGAGAACAUCUGUUUGUUCUAAAUUCAAAAUAGUUAGAUCCACAUAUAACUCAAGCCCUAGCCUUAAAAAAAGGUAUGAAAAAUGUAAUAAGACAUUGGUGAAUACCAGAUAUAAAUUUAGCAGAGGGAUGCCUUCUAACAGGUCACCACCAAAAUCUACAAAGAUAGCAAACAAAUAUAAGCUUGAUAACAGGAAGAACAAAAAUAUAAUAACAUCACCAAAAAAUAAGUUCAUAUAUGUGAAUAGAUUCCUGAGUAUAAGGGAUAUAGCAAAGAAAGUACUCUUGAAACCAAAUAAAAAAUCAAAAUCUAAUCUGGUCAAUAUUAGAGGAACUAUGUACAAUAAAUCACCUAAUUCAUUGAGGAGGACAUCUACAUCAAGAAAAUCAAUACCAAAUAUAUUGAAAGUUCAAAAUAUGAUAUCCAAAUCCAAGUACAAAUAUGUUAGAAGAACACUUCUUGCAACUACAGAUAAUAAGUUGAGAUAUACCAAGAGGGUAUCAAAGGUUAAAAGUAGAGUUUCUACUGAAAAAUUGAAGAAGUGUAACAUACCUUGUCCCUAUUAUAGAAAACUUGGGCGUUGCAAAGGAAAAGAAAUUGGAAAAUGUAACAGAAAACAUGAUCCUGAUCAAGUAGCUUUGUGUACAAAGUUUCUUCAAGGAGCCUGCAUUGAUAAUAAAUGUUUGUUAUCUCAUAAUGUUUCUCCUGAAAAGAUGCCAACUUGCAAGUUUUACCUAGAAGGUACUUGUUCAAGAGAUGAUUGCCCUUAUCUACAUGUCCGCAUAAGUCCUAAGGCAGAUAUCUGCAGGGAUUUUCUUGAAGGCUUCUGCAAAAAAGCCUCUGAGUGUGACAAGCGUCACCAAUUUUUAUGUCCUGAUUAUGAAAAAAGAGGCUGUGGAAAAGUUCGUUGUCCUUACCCUCAUGGCAAGAUGGUAAGAAAGUAUUCCCUAUUAAAUAGGAACAAAUUUGUCAAGAAAUCUUCUGAUAAUGUCAAAUCAAAACCCAGUCAGAAGUGUGAAAAUUACAUAGAGAAGAAGGAACCACACCAUAUUUUGAGUACUGAUGAAUUGGCAACUAAUCCUGUUGGUAUCAAUAAACGCUACUAUGCUGAGGAAAAAGUAGUAGAGAACCAAAAUAUUGAUUUAGAGAGUUGUGUAGACACAAAUGAAUGUGAUCAAGAUGUUGGUUUCAGAUCUAGGCCAAAACUGGGCGAAUUGCCAUCAUACAUUGCUUUCAAAGAAUUAUGAUGAACAUUUCUUGGCAACUAAUUUUCUUAAAUUAUUGAAUAGCUCAUUAGGCUAGUUGUAUUAUUAUUGUACUAUUGAAAUUGAUAUUAAAAAAUAUAUUCUUG